ACACGAGUGACGUAUAACCGACACGUGUUACACAGCUCAUCCUCUUCGUCUUCUUCCCUUAAAAAGUUAAAAACCCUAAUUUCGGCGGCCUCGUGGAGCCGUCGUACAUUUUUGUUUACAGUCAGAAUUUUUAACGGCUCGUCAGGGACCAUGCAAACCUCAGUGACGAUGACUCCACGAGCAUCGGUUGAUUCCGCUUCCUCCGAGGUCGAACCUGAGAUCAGCGAUGGCUUCUCGCCGCUCGAAGAUGAAGGUUCAUUGCUGAUUAGAGCAGAGAUUUAUCAAAACUACAUGAAGCGAUUCCCUAUUCCGACGAAUCGCGGUUCGUUGAUUCCGUUCACAAGCUGGGUUGGGUUAAGCAUCUCAAUCAAACAGCUUUAUCAUCAACCUCUACAUUACCUCACGAACGUUCUUUUACAACGUUGGGAUCAAUCAAGAUUCGGCUCUGACUCUGAAGACCAGAGCUUGGAUUUGAUCGUUCAUCCUUCUAAAGCUGAAGCUACCAUCUGGCUCGUUGAAGAAAUCCAUCGAACCACUUCCUCUCAUCUUCAAAUCGCUCAUCUUUGGGGUUCUGAUCCUAUGUAUCACUCGCUUAUCGACCCAAUCACGCCACAGCCACGACGAUCCUGA